AUGGUCGGUGAAUCGCGACAAACUGCCCCCGACUCGAGAGCCAGGAAGGCUCCGAGCCGCCAGUCACGUUCCUGCAAGGUCUGCCGGGCCCGCAAGGUUAAGUGUGACCGAGUCAAACCCUGCCACGCCUGUUGCGCCCAUGGGUAUCCAUCGAAAUGCGUGUAUGAGAAUGUGCCCGACGAAGAGGCCCGCCCUAUCAGCCAAGCCGAGGAAAUCCGGAAUCUUCGAUCGGAGAUUCGGGAACUCCGCGCUAGGAUAGACGAGAGGAACGAUGGGUCGCGCGCCCAGGAUCUAGAGCGGCUGGACCAGCUCGAGAGCUUAUUUGAGUCUAUUCGAUCGGCCCCGCUUAGCGUGGUGGAUUCGCUGGUACGGGAUAUUCGGACUGAACAGAGUGGGUUGAAGAAAGAUUUGGUCAAGGUCGGUCCGUGGGAGGGUUACGAAGCUUACGAGAGAUAUGCAUCUCCCGUCUCUGUCAUUGCUAUUCGCAAGCGUUCCAGGAAUGGUAGUCCGGAGAGCAACUUUAACGAUCCAAUCUUCGGGGAUGACGAAGAUGGCGACUUUGGAGAUAUCAUUUCCAUAGGCGAGGGAUCAGACUCGUCUAGUUCGUCUGGCACAAUUUCUAUUAUGAACAUGCAGCGACCAGCAGUUGAUGUGUUUGUGGAGCGCUUUGUGGACGCCUUCGCCCCCGAGGUUGACUCUAGACAUGGCCGAGCAGGUGCACUUCGUGCGGCUGCCGGAAUUCGCAUGUUCUCACCACUCAUUUCAGAUGCGUUCGAGGCGGUAUCUGUGGCCUUCUUUGGUAGAUCGAUCCAAAACAAGCAGAUUGAAGCGUCCGGUUUCCGUCUAUACCCACGUGUGCUGCGGUCAUUACAGGAUGCGUUGAUUGACCCCGAGCGGUCCAAAGCAGAAUCUACACUGGUGACGGUGAUUCUGUUACUUGCUUUUGAGCAGAGCGUGGAACGUACAACCCAAACCGGCGUCCCAGCUCAUGUUCGAGGUGCAGUGCGCCUGAUCGAACAUCGAGGCCCCGAGAACCACAUGUACGGUGUUGAGCAUCUCUUAUUCACGGAAUUACGACCAUACUGGAUUGGCGGUGCACUGGCGGCUCGCCAGCCCUCGUUCCUCGCUCGUGAAGAAUGGAAGACCGUUCCCUGGGCGGCUGGAACGACCAAAAAGGAUAUCCUGCAUCACCUCGUUGAUAUUGCGACCGAAAUUCCCGGCCUGCUGGCACAGUCCGAUGCAUUCAAAGAAGCACAGGCCACCCAGAGAAUGGGCGUACAGGAGAUGGCUGUGAAGCAAGCGGCUCUUUGGAAUGGGAUCACCGAGUGCACAGCCCAGUUCCAACAGUGGUAUAUCGACUGGGUUGAAUGCUACCCCGAAGGACCAAUCCAGGAACUUGAGCAGACCGGAGAUCAGGACUUCCCCAUCUUCAAACGACGUAACUUGCGGACGGGCGAGAUCUAUGCACCAACCAGGUUCUCAUACCCCAAUCUCCUGCUGGCGCAGACCAUGUGUGUGUACUAUGCCGUCCGCCUCAUUCUAUCCAGCAUUGAUACUCGCCCCGAGGACCGAGUGACACCCAUGGAGCAGUACGAGUUUGGUUGUGGCAUCUGUCGGACCAUGGAGUAUUAUAUUCUGACUGCGCCCGGGAACAUGAUCAAUCGUCUUGCCUUCCCUACCCGAGUUGCCUGGGAGGCCUUCCCCGACGGCGGCCCGGAGCAAGCGUUCAUGGUGGAAGUGUUGCAACUGGUAGAACGACGCCACGCCCUGGGACUUUGGGGUAGUGCCAUGCCCGAGCUCUCGGUGAGGGAGAAUUCUCCCCUCAAUAAUGCAGAACUAUAG